AUGGAUCGAAAUGACCAUGAAGAGGAAGAAGACACAAGAGUGCAUGAAGACGAUGAUUUUGAUGUGGACAUAUCUAUAAUGGUGGUAAUGAUGACGGUAGGAGCUCAGAUUCAUAACACACGACAGCAACUCACGGGUGGUGAUUAUAUAGAACGUCCCAUUCGUCGACCAGUCACACAGCUCGGAGAAGAAUAUAUACAAAAGGUAUUAAAAGAUGAUCCCGAAGAUUUUCGGGUGCUGUAUCGUAUGAUUCCAGAUAUGUUUUUGAAGCUGUCUAGGAUCAUCAGAGACAAAACUGGUUUACAAAACACAAAAAAAAUAUCUGUCGAAGAGAUGCUUGCUGUCUUCAUGCUCACAGUUGGACAAAAUGCAAGAUAUGGCUACGUGAAAAACACAUUUCAAAGGUCCAAGUUUGCAGUGAGCACAAGCUUUAAUAAAAUUUUAAAAGCUCUGCUUAUUAUAGCUCCAAGUCAGAUGGUGAAACCAGAUGGUUUAGUGCCACUGAAGAUCAGAGAAAGUACACGAUUUUAUCCAUAUUUUAAGAAUUGCGUUGGAGCGAUAGAUGGUACACAUAUACCAGCAACAGUAGUUGGGCGUGAGGUGGCAAGCUAUCGCAAUCGAAAAGGAACAAUAUCUCAGAACGUUUUGGCUGUAUGUAACUUUGAUCUGGAGUUUAUUUACAUUCUGAGUGGAUGGGAGGGUUCGGCCCACGAUUCAAGAGUGUUAAGUGAUGCGUUAACUAGAGGAACUAACAAGUUCCAAGUGCCCAAUGGAAAAUUUUAUCUAGUUGAUUCUGGAUUUGCGAAUCGUCUCAGCUUUUUAGCUCCAUUCCGUGGUGUUAAGUAUCAUCUACAGGAAUUUGCUGGUCAAGGUCGUGAUCCUGAAACUCCAUAUGAGUUAUUUAAUCUUCGCCAUGCUUCUCUGAGAAACGAAUUUGCUGGUCAAGGUCGUGAUCCUGAAACUCCAUAUGAGUUAUUUAAUCUUCGCCAUGCUUCUCUGAGAAACGUGAUCGAAAGGAUAUUUGGAAUCUUUAAAUCUCGUUUUGCUAUUUUUAAAACUGCAUCUCCUUUUUCUUACAAGAAACAAGCUGGAUUAGUCUUAGCAUGUGCAGGGCUGCAUAACUUUCUUCGUAGAGAAUGUCGAUCGGACGAAGGUGUGUUCCCUAAUGAAAAUAAUGCAGUUAACAAUGGAAAUAAUUCUGUCAAUAUAGAUGAAAGUGAAAGAGAAGAACCUCUCGAGACGCAAGAGCAAGACAGAGAAAAUGCAAAUAAUUGGAGACAGUCUAUGGCCGAAGACAUGUGGAAAGAUGCUACGAUUUAA